AUGGCAAAAAAAGCCAAAUCCCGCACGAUCACCGUGCGCCUCAUCUCCAUGGCCAUGACGGGCUACUACAAGACGUUCAGCCGCCCGCGCUUGCACCGCCCGCUGAGCAUGCUGAAAUACGAUCCUGUUGUACGCAAGCAGGUUUUGUUCCUGGAGCAGAAGAAGAAGUAG